CGGAGGCCGUGGCCUGGGCCCGGGCUCGGACUCGAAUCCGGGACUGGGCUGGGGCCUGUCCUGGGAGCAGGGGCCGGGCGGGCGCGGGAGCUGCGCUUAUGUUCGCGCCCCGGCUCCUGUUCCAGGUGCUGUUGCACGUGCUGUUCGAGCACGCGGUCGGCUACGCGCUGUUGGCGCUGAAGGAGGUGGAGGAGAUCAGUCUGCUGCUGCCACAGGUAGAGGAGUGCGUGCUCAACCUGGGCAAGUUCCACAACAUCGUUCGUCUAGUGGCCUUUUGCCCGUUCUCCUCGUCCCAGGCUGCCUUGGAAAACGCCAAUGCCGUGUCUGAAGGUGUUGUUCAUGAGGACCUCCGCCUGCUCUUGGAGACCCACCUGCCAUCCAAAAAGAAGAAAGUACUUUUGGGGGUUGGGGACCCCAAGAUUGGUGCUGCUAUACAAGAGGAGUUAGGGUACAACUGCCAGACUGGAGGUGUGAUAGCUGAGAUCCUGCGAGGAGUUCGCCUGCACUUCCAUAAUCUGGUGAAGGGUCUGACAGAUCUGUCUGCUUGUAAAGCGCAACUGGGGCUGGGACACAGCUAUUCUCGUGCCAAAGUUAAGUUCAAUGUGAACCGGGUGGACAAUAUGAUCAUCCAGUCCAUUAGCCUCCUGGACCAGCUGGAUAAAGACAUCAACACCUUCUCUAUGCGUGUCAGGGAAUGGUAUGGGUACCACUUUCCGGAGCUGGUGAAGGUUGUCAACGACAAUGCUACAUACUGCCGCCUUGCCCAGUUCAUUGGAAACCGAAGAGAGCUUAACGAAGACAAGUUGGAACAACUGGAGGAGCUGACAAUGGAUGGAGCCAAGGCCAAAGCUAUUCUGGAUGCCUCACGGUCAUCCAUGGGCAUGGACAUAUCUGCCAUCGAUUUGAUCAACAUCGAGAGCUUCUCCAGCCGGGUGGUGUCUUUGUCAGAAUACCGCCAGAGCCUACACACUUACCUGCGAUCCAAGAUGAGCCAAGUGGCCCCCAGCCUGUCGGCCCUCAUUGGGGAAGCGGUAGGUGCACGUCUCAUUGCUCACGCUGGCAGCCUCACCAACUUGGCCAAGUACCCAGCAUCCACAGUGCAGAUCCUUGGGGCUGAAAAGGCCCUGUUCAGAGCCCUGAAGACAAGGGGAAACACCCCCAAAUAUGGACUCAUUUUCCACUCCACUUUCAUUGGCCGAGCAGCUGCCAAGAACAAAGGCCGCAUCUCCCGAUACCUGGCAAACAAAUGCAGUAUUGCCUCGCGAAUUGAUUGCUUCUCUGGUAUGGGGGUGGCAUAUGUGGGAGGGAGCGGGGCUGACUACCUCAGCAGCUUCUACAAUGAUGGCAAUAUUUUUCGUCAACAGCAGUUCACCUAUUUGAAGGUGCCCACAAGUGUAUUUGGGGAGAAGCUUCGAGAGCAGGUCGAGGAGCGGCUGUCUUUCUAUGAGACAGGAGAGAUUCCACGCAAGAAUCUGGAUGUCAUGAAGGAGGCAAUGGUUCAGGCAGAGGAAGCUGCUGUGGAGAUUGCUAGGAAGCUGGAGAAGCAGGAGAAGAAACGCUUGAAGAAGGAAAAGAAGCGACUGGCUGCAAUUGCUCUCAUGUCUUCAGAAAACAGCAGUACCCCAGAAGAGUGUGAGGAAGCAAGCGAGAGACCCAAGAAGAAGAAAAAGCAAAAGCUCCAGGAGGUGCCUCAGGAGAAUGGAAUGGAAGACCCAUCUGUUUCUUGCUCCAAGCCCAAGAAGAAAAAAUGCAAGGUGCUAAUUAGUGAUCUUGAAGAGACAGCUGGCAGCACAAUAAUCCCCAAGAGGAAGAAGUCUUUACCAAAAGAGGAACCAGUUAGUGAUCCUGAAGCAGCAGCCAACAGCAGGAGUACCCCCAAGAAAAAGAGGAAACUCUCCAAGGAGGAGCCCAUCAGCAGUGGACCUGAAGAAGCUGUCAGCACGAAGAGCAGCUCCAAGAAAAAGAAAAAGUUGCAAAAACUAUCCCAGGAAGAUUAGAAUGGACAUUCCCUGGGUGGCUAUGCCCCAACCCAUCUCCCAUACCCCAUACCCCAAUAAAAACAAAUUUACAGAA